AUGGCGCGACACCUCCGGCGUUCGCCACAGCUCCGGAGCGCGGACGCCCAGCUGCUGCUCGACGUGACGAAGGAGACGACAGCGGCGGAGGCAGCGGCGCGACGUCUGGUGCAGCGGCGGCCAGAGUGGUUUGUGGCCGUACUGCCUGGACCCUUCUUCGGGCCAUGCAAGGACCUGUUCGGCGAAGGCUUCCCCAUCUUCGCAGAGAUUCAGGUCGAGUCUGAAGUGAUAUCCAUCUUUGCGAGGAAUUGUGUGGGAGAUGCGGUGUCUGUGGAUGCCCCAUACGAGAUUCCACCAGCAGAGAACGUCAAGGUGCUUCAGCACCGUGCUCCCUCGGCCGCCGCGAAGGCCGCGGGUGGCGAGGCUGCGGCCAAAGCUGCGGCGGCCGCGGCGGAGGCAUCGCCAGCCUCGACGUUCUACUUCGAGCUGGCAGAAAAGCUGAAGUACCAGGUGCCAACCUUUGUGUUUUGGUGUGAAGGCCGUUCCCUUGCUACCGCCUGUGGGGCGAAUGCACGGGCGCCGGAGCACUUGAGCUUGGCCGUUGGGAGCUCGUGUGUGGAGCUCUUCUUCUUCCACCCGGACGCGCUGCCGCCGGCGGCCACACCGUCCCCGCGCGGGGGCGGUGUGGCCGUGUCUGGGCAGCUGAUCUUGGCACCCACGGGCUCGGGCAAGAGCACCUGGCGGUCCUUAGCGCCGAUUUACUGCCCUGAAGGUGAAGUGAUGGCUGAUGUGACCUUUCACCCGUCAUAUCACAAGUCCAUUCGCUUGGCUCCAGGCGCUUGGCUGUCCAGUGAGGGCACCGCGAUCUUCCUCCGGUCCUUGGCACAGCUCAUCCGGUGGCUGCGGCAGGACCGGCGCCGGCGGGUGACCUUCAACUGCACUGGCCAGGUGCUUUCCAAGGCGCUGGAACUCGGUAUCCUUCGCCCUUCGGACGUCGUCCUCGUUCUUCCCCUGGAGCCCAUCCACCGGCGAAACCUCCAGCGCCGCUCUGCUGCUGAGCCGGUGGAAACGAACGACCAGGCGACGAGCCAGCCGGCGAAGAAGUUCAAACGGGAUUCCUCGCUGCUAGACUUUGACACCGGGGCCAGAAUAAACCGAGAAACGUUGCUGGAAGCCGCUCGCCAGCACCAACUCCGCGUCGUGAGCAGCUUCACGGCCGCCGCGCCGGCCACGCGGAGCUACUGCUUCUUGAGGAGGGAUGAUGCCACUGGGCGAACGCUCCGAGAUCCAGGGGCGAAGCUCCGCCAAGCCUUUGAUCUCACCAUGCCCUGUGGGCGAAGGAUCUCCAAUUGGGUCUUGAAGGACGGUAAAGUGGAAGAAGCAGAGAAUCCCAGCAUUUGGCAGAUCAGUGCCAGUGCAGACAGAGACGUGGAGGAGGGGGGCCUACAUUGUAAAGACCUUGAGCGGCUUCCUGUUGCUCACUGA